AUGGUUGCAAAUGGUAUCAUAACUAAAAUAAACGAAGGAGAGCCCACAAGAUGGGUAAACAGUCUUGUCUACAAGAGGAAACAGAAUGGACGAUUGCGUUUAUGCCUAGACCCCAAAGACCUAAACACAGCUAUCUUAAGAGAACAUCACGCCAUUCCUAACUUGGAAGAAAUUUUACCAAAAUUACACAAAGCAAAGUUCUUCUCAAUAGUCGAUGCAAAGUGUGGCUAUUGGAAUGUGGUACUUGAUGAAGAAUCAAGAUAUUUAGCUACCUUUAACUCCCCAUUUGGCAGGUACCGUUUCAAGCGUAUGCCCUUUGGGCUGAACAUGUCACAAGACAUCUUCCAAGCAAAGAUCGACCAAACAUUCGAAGGAUGUAGAGGCGUUGUGGGUAUCGCAGAUGAUAUUGUUAUCUCUGGCACAACAGAAGAAGAACACGACCAAAAUCUACGAAGCAUGAUGAGCCGGUGCCAAGACACAGGUCUGAGACUAAACCCUGACAAAUGCCACAUAAAGCAAGAGAAAAUAAAGUUUUAUGGGCUUAUCUGCGGUCCAGAAGGAAUUCAACCAGACCCUGACAAAGUGUCCGCCCUGAAGCAGAUGGCCCCACCGACCAACAGCAAAGAACUACAGAUAUUCUUGGGUCUGGCCACCUAUAUGGCACCAUUCAUCCCGAAUCUCAGUCACCACACUGCCUCACUGCGACAGCUACUCAAGAAGGAGAGCAAGUUUGCCUGGGACGCAAGCCAACAGGAUGUGUUUGACAGGAUCAAGAAUUUAAUUUCUGAAGAAGUUACACUAACAUACUUCGACCCAGAGAAAGUACUGCAAGUUGACGCAUCAACAAAAGGCCUGGGAGCUACACUCUUGCAAGAAGACAAGCCAGUCGCCUUUGCCAGUAAAGCUUUAACUGACGUAGAAUCACGAUACGCAAACAUCGAAAGAGAACUCUUAGCAGUUGUAUACGGAUGCAAGAAAUUCCACACUUAUCUCUACGGCCGCAGUUUUACAGUCCAAUCUGAUCAUAAACCCCUUGAAUCUAUCCACCUUAAGCACCUUACAUCAGCCCCACCCCGCCUGCAACGGAUGUUGUUGCGCCUACAGCCGUACAGCCUUACAAUCAA